CUGGCCGGCGGUCCGGCCCCGCGGCGCCGCUUCCGGUGCGGGCCCCGCCCCGGCUGUGGCCCCCGGCUGCGGAGGAGUCCGAGACGCAGCUGCUGUGCCGGGGCCUGAGCGGCCGCCUCCUCCUCCGCCGCCCGAAAACCCGGAGCGCCCCGCACAGGUUUAGACCCAGUGUGCCUGGUGGGCUGUGCCCAGGUUCAGAGUCAUGCCACUCUGUGGGUGAAGCUUGAGGCAAUAAUGGAACCACUUCAGCAGCAGCAGCAGCAGCAGCAGCAGCAGCAGCAGCAGCAGCAACAGAAGCAGCCACACCUGGCUCCUCUGCAGAUGGAUGCCAGAGAGAAGCAGGGCCAGCAGAUGAGAGAAGCCCAGUUCUUGUAUGCCCAAAAGCUGGUCACACAGCCGACUCUCCUUUCCGCCACACCUGGGAGGCCUUCUGGCAGCACUCCCUUAGGUCCCUUAGCCAGAGUUCCACCCACCACAGCAGUGGCCCAAGUCUUUGAACGGGGCAACGUGAACUCAGAGCCUGAGGAAGAGGAUGGAGGUUUGGAAGAUGAGGAUGGGGAUGAUGAAGUUGCGGAGGUGGCUGAGAAAGAAACCCAGGCUGCUUCAAAAUAUUUUCAUGUGCAGAAAGUAGCUCGCCAAGAUCCCAGAGUGGCACCCAUGUCUAAUCUACUUCCAGCACCAGGGCUGCCACCACAUGGACAACAAGCUAAAGAAGACCAUACCAAAGAUGCUUCCAAGGCCCCACCUUCUGUCUCCACAGCAGGGCAGCCAAAUUGGAAUCUGGAUGAGCAGCUCAAGCAGAAUGGUGGUUUGGCCUGGAGUGAUGAUGCAGAUGGAGGCCGGGGAAGAGAGAUCUCUCGAGAUUUUGCCAAGCUGUAUGAACUGGACGGUGAUCCUGAAAGGAAAGAGUUCCUGGAUGACCUCUUCGUCUUUAUGCAGAAGAGGGGGACCCCCAUCAACCGAAUCCCCAUCAUGGCCAAGCAGAUCCUGGACCUGUACAUGCUGUAUAAGCUGGUGACCGAGAAGGGGGGCCUGGUGGAGAUCAUCAACAAGAAGAUCUGGAGGGAGAUCACCAAAGGCCUGAACCUGCCCACAUCCAUCACCAGCGCCGCCUUCACCCUCAGGACCCAGUACAUGAAGUAUCUGUAUGCCUAUGAGUGUGAGAAGAAAGCCUUGAGUUCCCCAGCCGAGCUCCAGGCAGCCAUUGAUGGCAACCGCAGGGAGGGCCGGCGGCCCAGCUACAGCUCCUCCCUCUUUGGCUACUCACCUGCUGCGGCUACUGCUGCUGCUGCUGCUGCCGGGGCCCCUGCCCUCCUCUCCCCACCCAAGAUCCGCUUUCCCAUCCUUGGGCUUGGCUCCAGCAGUGGCAGCAAUACCAGUAGCCCUCGGAUAUCCCCAGCAACCACUCUCAGGAAAGGUGAUGGAGCCCCAGUGACAACAGUGCCUGUGCCAAAUCGCCUGGCUGUGCCUGUGACCUUGGCAAACCAGCAGGCUGGUACUCGGACCGCCGCGCUGGAGCAGCUGAGGGAGCGGCUGGAGUCAGGGGAGCCUGCUGAGAAGAAGGCGUCGAGGCUGUCUGAGGAGGAGCAGCGCCUGGUGCAGCAGGCCUUCCAGCGCAACUUUUUCACCAUGGCACGACAGCUCCCCAUGAAGAUUAGGAUCAACGGCAGGGCAGAAGACAGAGCAGAGGCCUCGGCUGCAGCACUGAACCUGACCACGAGUAGCAUUGGGAGCAUUAACAUGUCCGUGGACAUCGAUGGUACCACCUACGCAGGUGUGCUGUUUGCCCAGAAGCCUGUGGUCCACCUCAUCGCGGGGUCUGCUCCCCAGAGCCUCGGCAGCAGCGCCAGCAGCAGCAGCAGCUCUCACUGCUCACCAAGUCCUACCUCAUCCCGGGGCACCCCCAGCGCAGAGCCCUCCACCAGCUGGUCCCUCUGAUGGGCAGGACCCAGCUUCCCACUUGCCACUCUCCUGUCAAGAGUGAAGGAAGUUGAUGCACAGAAUUUACCUCAUCUCACGGAGCCCACGUCGACGAGCACCAUUUGGCCAGACAUUGAGAGUUUGGAUGUGCCCGUCUGUCCAGGUUCCAUUCAGGUCCUGCUGUACUCUGGGGGCAGGGAGAGGCUAGAGGGGCAGGACAGACAGCGUUGUCCAAUCAGGGAUUGUCCUGGAGAACUGGGUGGGGGUCUGUGGGUGUCCAGCUUCCUCCAGGGUUCCCCAGCCACCUCCCAGCUCGGGGCACAGUGUAUUGACAAUCUGUCAGCCGACACAGGGCUGGAGGCCCUCCAUUUCCCUUCCCCUUUAAUUUAUUUCCCUGCCCCUGCCUUCUGCCAUGACCCCAGGGCCACUAGUCUCUUCCCCUGUUUUUAAGUCCCAUGUGGGGCUGCUAGGAGCCAAGAGCAUGCCUUCAUGCUUCUCUGCUGAGCAUGGGAUGGGGCCCUUCCAGACCACCUUGCCUACUGUUAGGUUCCUGGGGUAUGGGUCCCUCAAACGCAAGUCUUGAAUCAGUCCUCAGGGUCCCAGAUCCCCCUUCUAAUGAUCUGAAGGAAGAGGCUGUGAGGGCAGUUGAGGGCCAGGGCCCACAGGGCAUCUGCUGAUGAGAAGGCAGAACCUUGGGGCUGCCCAGCCCUGGCACCUGCUUCACACGGACCCUUCUCUGACCCCCCAAACCUCAUGCUCCCCACUUGCCCUUAUCGGCCUGCUCUCCCAAGAACAGCCCACUCAUCCUUUCCCCAGCCCUCUUCUGUUUCUUAUGGGGCCAUCUUGGCCUCACCAUCCCCACAUGUGCCGCUGUCAGGUUCAUUGAAAUACCUCAGAUUUGUAAUUGUUGAUGUUUGAGUCUUCAGGAAGUAUUUGCAUCUCUGAAAUCUUUUUUAUAUGUGUUUUGCUGACUUUUGUUUUUUUAUUUUAAAAUUUUUAUUGUUGUUGUAGCACCAAAGAAAUGAAAACAGAUCACCCCCAAAGUCAAGCAAGUGAUUGGGUACCCCGGCCCCUCUGGCCCUUCCCUCAAGCCCAGUGAGGAGGCGGGUGGAGGCAGGCAGGGGAGACGACUCAGGGAUCGCGGGGGCGGGGAGGUGGAGUGGAGAGGCCCGCUCUCACGCUGGUUGGGCCCUGAAACCACACCAGUUCUGAAGACCGUUUUCUGCCACACCCCCACCCCUAGCUGACCAGGGAGGCAGCAGGACAUCUCCCCAUCACUCAGCAUUCCCAGCUCAGGGCACAGGCAGGCUGGGGUCCUUGCUGACUUUGCCAGAGGUUGAGCCGCCCCAGGGUAUGAGGAGAUGAAGAACUCCACAGCUCCUCCUGAACCCUGGGUGGGAGCAGGCAGCUCCUGUGCUAUAAAGAAAAGGCAGUUCUUAUGUGCGGCUCACCUCAGUCGAGGAAGCCCUGGAAUGUUCAGCAGACCACCAAUGGGACAUGGGGCUGUGGCAGUGGGAGACACCACACAUGGCGUGUGUGUGUGUGUGGCGGCGCAGCUUGCAUUCAGUCCUGUGUAGGAGAGGAAAGGGAAUCAAAAGCUUGGGCACACACAGAUACCUCAGCCUGGUAAUCUGCAGCUCUGCUCAACUGCGUCUUCUCUCAGCCCUCCACACGGUCACCCCCACUCCCACACUCACACACACACGCCCCCCAUUUCCCGGGGGCUGACCUCGUCUAGCCUCAGCCUGCAGGGUGUGGGCAGAGAAGGGCAUCUGGGACCUGGUGCCAGUGAGGAGCCCAGUUGGCUGGCACUGGGCCCAUGUGAAGGUGUCUCAGACAUUUGGCCAGUAUGUCUUUCUCAGGGGUUUGGUCACAAAGGAUGGACUCUUCCCACCCAGAGGAUGCAGGGACAACACACUGUGUCCUUCUGGUCACUGGAUCCUCUCGCUUUCCCCAGGCAGCUUGCCUGGCCACACCGUUGGAGUGGACCCUCACUGCCCUCAAGGACAACAGCAGGGUCUCACCCAGAGCGUGAUGGGGGGUGCCAGCAGGUACCCCCAGGAGUGGGGCCUUGGCCCAAGCAGAGCUUUCCCUGAAGGUGCCAUCAGCCAGGGCAGCUCUGUCCCCUCCCUGCUCCCCAUCUUAUGUGUAUUCUAACCAGAAAAAUGUGAUAGCACAUGGGUAGCCUAGGCAGUGAAUAAAUACCUCAGAUGUCCUCCUGCAGCAAGUGUCUGUAUAUGUUGUGGUUAUUUUCUAUCUUACAUGUUCUCGAAUGUUUAUAUUUCAAUAAACCUCUACCUCUUCACACAA